AUGCAUUCCCUCCGGAGUAUUUCGCGGUUUGGAGGAUCUGCAACAAACACUUGGGGCUUGUGUCGCCGUGCAACGAGUUUAUCGCGGCCUUUCAGGCUUUCAUAUUCUCAAAUGCAACCGAGUCUUUCUACAAUUAAUGAUGAUAGGGCAAGAUUAUCCAAGUUCUGGAUACCUACUGGUGGUAUAGCUGCAAGCGCAGAUGAAGAUUCUCAUGCUAAACUUAUUCGAGGGGGUUUCUUACGUCAGGCUCACACAGGUAUUUUUCAUAUGUUGCCGCUAGGAAGAAGAGUACAGAACAAAUUAGAAGCACUUAUUGAUAAGCAUAUGUCAACGUUAGGCGCAUCGAAACUUGCUUUGUCGUCUCUGUCGUCUGAAGAGCUCUGGGCUAAAAGUGGUCGAUUGAAUUCUAGUUCUGAGCUUUUCCGAUUGGAAGACCGAAAGGAGGCGAGGUAUCUUCUUGCUCCUACACACGAGGAAGAAAUCACGGAAUUGGUUUCAAACUCGGUUCAAUCAUACAAAGAACUUCCUGUUCGUUUAUACCAGAUUACUCGAAAGUAUCGUGAUGAGCUACGACCGAGACAAGGACUUCUUCGUUCUCGAGAAUUCGUCAUGAAAGAUCUUUAUACAUUUGAUUACAAUAAUAGUUGCGCUCUGUCAACUUACGAAGAUGUUCGCAAAGCAUAUCAUAAACUUUUCGAUGAAUUGAAAAUUCCAUAUCUUGUAGCCGAAGCCGAUUCAGGAGACAUAGGUGGUGACCUCAGUCAUGAGUUUCACUUUCCAACUAAGAUUGGAGAAGAUAAUAUUAUCAGCUGCAGUAAAUGUGAUUAUGUGGCAAAUGAGGAGUUAGCAGAAAGUGGCUUGUCAAAAUUGAAUGAGACCGAGAGUUCGAAGAACGAGUUUAAAAACCUGAAGAAGGUUGGUGGGUUCUCUCGUGAUGGAUCUACGCUCAUUGUCACUUGGUUUUAUUCUGAAAACGGAGAAGGGUAUGACUUGAACACAAGUUCAAUAAAAAGACUUGUACCGGACUAUGAUCCUUCGAGAAAAAUUGGACAUGUGGUAAUGUCGCGACUCAUCAAUGAGGAUUUUAUACUUACGAAUACAUGUCUCAAUGAAGCAGAUGAAAUCCAUAUCACUCAUGUGAUUAACCUUAUUGAUGGACGAGUCCCUCCUGAAUUUUCAGAGGCAAUUUCAAGGGAACGAGAGGUGCACUUUGAUUCGUCUUUGAAUAAGUAUAAGAAUUCGUCUUUCGUCCAGGAUCCAUCUACGGGGGAACCGCUAAAUUUGAAGCGUAUUAUGGAGGGCGAUGUUUGUCCCAAAUGUCAAGAACCGACGUUGAAAGUCGAAAAGGCCAUUGAACUUGGACAUACCUUUCAUUUAGGUACACGAUAUAGUAAGCCGAUGGAAGCCACUGUUACUGUACCUUCUGGCCUUGUAGGGAAAAAUCUUGAAGCUGAAGAUAAUGAACCUCAGCAAGGAGGAAAUGAUCAGAUACGGGUUCCUAUGGAAAUGGGAUGCCAUGGUAUUGGUGUGACGAGAAUGAUUGGAGCCGUUGCAGAAACUCUAGCUGACGGAAAGGGUUUGAAUUGGCCAAGAGUUAUGGCUCCUUUCGAAAUCGUUGUGGUCCCGGGAAAGGGAUUGAAUGAAGAUGCAUUGCAGAUAUCCGAUACUCUUUCUGCUGCUGCAAUGGAUCCAGUAGUUGAUGAUCGAGAGGUAUCGAUUGGCUGGAAAAUGAAGGAUGCUGAUUUGAUUGGUUAUCCGGUCAUUGUUUUGCUGGGUAGGAAGUGGAAGGAAGGUCUAUGUGAGGUCCAGUGUAGACGGCUGGAUGUUAAGGAGGAUGUCAGGGUUGAGGAUUUGAAGAACUUUGUUGGGAAGUUAUUGAAUCAGCUUUGA